AUGUACUCCGACAACGGUACCAAUUUUGUCGGAGCUUCUCGAUCAUUACGAUCUGAAAUGAAGGCGUUCAUAGCAGAAGCGCGUGAUAAAACCAUAUCGAAAUAUAGUCAUCAAACACUUACAUGGCAUUUUAUACCCCCAGCAGCUCCUCACAUGGGCGGACUGUGGGAGGCGGGUGUAAAAAGUUUCAAAAACCACUUCAAAAAGAUUGCAUCCACCCACAAAUACACCUUUGAGGAGCUCAGUACCUUAUUAUGCCGAGUUGAGUCUUGUCUCAACUCGCGACCGUUAAGUCCCUCAUCGAACGAGCCAACUGACUUGGAGCCUCUAACUCCCGGUCAUUUCCUCAUAGGCGGUCAUUUACUCGCGCCACCGGAAUUAGAUGUAAAUGAAAACCCAGCCUCCAUAAUAAAUAGGUGGCAGAAAUUAAAGGCUUUACAUCAAACCUUUUGCAGGCGAACUACAGAAGCGAAUUAA